AAUGGAAGUUAUCGUGGAGGUGAAACGGACUAAACUUGCUCGGUUUCCCAGGAUUUUGAGCUCGGCGUUUGACUGUUUUGAGCACAGACAGCCGUAACACCGAAAGCCAUCUCUGUGGCUGCUGGUCUUAUAACGCCCCCGUAUGGACGAUGAGGAGGAUGAUGUGUUUGAGCCAGACCUCCACUGCUGGCGCACCACAUUCAGGGAGAUAAAGUGCGAAGACAGGGGCACACAGACACCCGGCCCUGCCCUCACAUUGGCCAACGGCAUGCUGCCCUGUGGAGUCGCAGAGGAGCCCAGACCACUCUUCUACGGCAACGCGGGUUUUCGAUUGCACUUCCCAGCACACUUUGAGCUUGUCGGGGACCAGGAGGCGCGGCAGCAAGAAAGGGAAGAGGAGCAGAACGGGAUGGAGCAGCGACCCCGGCAGCAACCUGUUGCGCGCAGCGUAGAGGCCCGCAUCGGCCAGAAACUCCAGCUGAUAGGAGACCAGUUCCAUCGGGAACAUCUACAACUGUAUCAUCGAAACCAAAGGAACCAGGGGCCGUUGUGGUGGCGCCUGGCCUCGGCUCUGCUCAACCUUCUUUUUGACAGAGGGGCUUUCGCCGGAGGAGGUGGAGCAGGACGGAGGUGAGAGGACCAUUCAUCCUCACCAUUCCCCUUUUCCCCAUCUUUUCUGAGGAACUGGACUCUAAUGGCACUGUCAAAUCUAACACGGGUCUGUUGGGGGAGAAAGAAAGAAAGGAGCAAGGAGAGGUCACCGCGGGACGGAGACAACCAGCUUUUUUUACAAGGUCGUUUUUUUGUCUUUCCAAGAAGAUGCCAUGUUGUUUCCGAGAUUUCCUCUACAGGACAAUGUUCAUAUUUUGGUAAAUGUAUGGUGUAGUAGUUUUGUACAGUACAUUGUUCUCAUUGAAUUUGUUUGCACUUCAACCUGUAUCCAUCUGGAAUGACCUCCAUAGACCCUGAGAAUGCCUUAUUCGAUGUCUCCUGCCACAAAAGUAUGUGUUGAGCAAAUUUUAUAGGCAAGACAAGAUGGGUAGGACUUGAAAAAGGAAAGAAAUGUAGUUCAGGGUUUUCUUUUCUGAAGUUUCCCAGGUAACCAGUCAACUUGAUUUACUAAUUUCCAAAGAGGCAGUUUCUCAGAACAAAGCAUUUUGCACCUCAACGUCCAACUCCCCAGUGGAGUAUCUGUAUAUCUAUAUCUUUUUACACACACACACACACACACACACACACACACACAUGUGUUUUCAUACACUUCCAUUAUCUUUUAUGUUGUGAGUUUAAACAUCGACCCCCAGUGUCACUGAAAAUAUUGGGAACAAAGUGUUCAUUAGCCCAUAAGGCCAUAAAAAUAAUAAGUCUACCAUGAGAUUCUUUAUUUACAUUUCAGUCAGGAAGCCAGAUGUUUGUCUCCCCUCAAUUUGAUCUUGUUCCUAAUUUCACUCCAAUACAAAGUAUCCCCCAGUAUUUUCGAUGUGUGCUUUUCAUUUGAUUCUUUUCAGACCUCCAUGCCCUUGAAGUGGAGCUGUGGAUCCACUGUUUUUGCACUAGAAUACACCCUUCAAGAGUUCAGAUUGUGUUACCAAGCCAACCUCUGUCUUGUAUGAAGGUUUUCAGUUUUAUUUUCUCACUGCAUGAUUUCAGAUGUUUUCACUCACAUGUCCAAGACAAAUCAUCAACAUUGAGACCUGACUGAAUACAGACAAGCAUGGACUCCAGAAAUUCUGUGUGCCAGUGGUGCUGGCUAUGAAGUAGAGUGCCUCCAUUGAAAUGUCAGUGUUUCUAGCUUCUCUUCUUUAUUGUGCUUUUCCCAGCCUGUGUGUACUCUGAACACCAAACCAAUACUGCAUAACCAAUCUGUGAAACAGAAUCUGCUCCUCUCGGGAAACUUUUAUGAGGUUUUACACCAUUUUAUAUUCUGUUGGGUGAUUGUGUAUUGUUUUGGGUGCUCAGAACCUGAAAUGGGACCUUUUUUGAUACUUCACCACUGAAACAUGUAGACGACCAGUCUGAAUUGAGACAAAAAUCACAGUGAAAAAGACUGUACUUAUUGUUGAAAUAUGAAUAUGUUUGAAGACACUGUUGAAGAUGCUGUUUGUUAUACUUCCCAUUGCUGAACCUAGAAUAACUUCUGGACCCAAGGAGCAGUACAUAUCAGGAGGCUGUGAUCACUUGGUCCUUACAAUGUGUCACGUACAUCACUGCCAAAUUAGGAUUUCCUUUCAUUAAAAAACAUCUUCCAAGAUGUCUCAGGGACAGACUUUAAAGGCCACUGGUAACCUUGAGAAUCUGUUACAAAGUAAGAGUGAGCGCAGUGUUUUAGCCAUUUAUUUGUGAUGACACCUCUUGAUGUGGUUAUCAUCAAUUUUUCCACUAUCAAAUCAGUUCAAAUUUCUUUAGGCCAAUAUGUCAGCGCAUACACAAAGGUACAGUUUGACGAGUCUGAGGCUGACUUACUGACUGUGGUAGUGACAGGGGCUUCUAAGCAUGUGGUGGGAGGCAUGUGAGGUGCACUGAAUGUGGUCGUGGUUUAAGUUUCCUGCGGAUCCUGAACGCUGAGCCAGUCCCCAUAGCUCCCAGUCUCACCAUGAGCUGUUGACACGUCUCCUCCUCAGUCCUCCAUGUGUGCUGCUCCUUCAUUACUUGGGUAUUGUUCAUUUUUUUGUAAUUUAUUUUUUUCUUCUUAUUUAUUUUUGUAUAUUUGCCCAUUUCUACUGUAUACACUUGUGUGUGCAAUUACUUCUUAUUUUCCCUUUUUUCUUUUGGUCUUAGAUUUGUAUGUGGUUCGUUUGUUUGACUCUGCACAGCAAGGCCUGCCUGCAUUGUGCCUGGUAUUCCUUAAGGGUUGUUUUUUCCAGGGUCAGACCCAACCAAUUCAUUUUCUUUUUUUUACGUCACUCCUCCACCCAAUUUGCCAGUCAUGGGUAGAUUCAGAAAAGUGGUUGCUUGGUGCGUUUUUGAGGUUUAACCAUUGAACAGGGUAUGACUUUCCCCCUUACAUUUAAAGACUCAUGUCACCUAUCUCAGCAAGUGAUGUUAGAAAUGUUUCAAAAGAAGAUACCUUCAUAUACUCAUUCACAAGUCACAGGGCAUUGGUUUAUGUGUUCAAUUCUUUAAUCUUGAUCAUUGUUUUGUAAUCAACAUGCACUGGAAAGUACUUUGUUUCUGUAGAUCCCAUGGGUCCCUUAUCUAUUGUGUGUAAUUGUAUAGUAUAUUCUCUGGAUUGAUUUUUGUCGAGGUCUGUCACAGGCUAAUUUGUCCAUGUGUCAGCCGUCUAUCUGUUGCAUUGACCUGGUAGCCUGCCUGAAUGAUGGCCUGUUUGAUUUUUUAGAAAGGGAAACAAGCCACCAUGGUGCCCUGUAUAAUUUGUAGGAUGAGGUUCCCAAUCUGCACUCACCACGUUAACAAGGGAGUGUAGAGAGACCCUAGAGUGGGAUAUGUAUUUUAUGGAAACCGUCAGUGUCUUGAAUUUUGUAGUCCACUUUAUAUAAAUUUGAAGUUUUGAGGAAGGUUUUGAUUUUGAUUUCUUUUUUUUAUGAGAACAUUUCUUGCUCAUGGUCUUUCUUAACUUUUUAAAAUGUAUUUUCUUAUGAAAAAAGGGUCUGUUUUUAUAAGGACAGUUCAUGCUUGUAAAAUCAUUUUUAAUACGAGUUGGAUCCUUUGAAGUCCAAUGAGAUCAAGGGCUUUGUUUUGUAUGAAAAUGAACUUGCAACAUUCCUUGCACAUCUCAUGGUGGUGUUUAAACAAAACCAAGCAAACCAAAAUCAUUCAGUGUUGUGGUUAAUUUGGCUCAAGAGCUUAGAUCAUUGCUAUGAAAUAAUCUUCCUUUACAGAACAGAUGAACUGUAUGUGUAUUACUGAAACCCUGGAAAAUGCCUUUAACUGCUCAGUUUCAACAAAGUCUUGAUUAUCACACAAUCUCUGUAUACCAAGAAAUGAGACCCAGCGAAAAUGUAGCAUUUUUGUAAACAUUGACUGUGUGUUUUCGAGACUGUACUGUGCACUCAUUUUGUUUAUAUAUAUUUUUUGUUGUUGAUAUAAUAUGGAAGUAAAGACAAUUUGUUAUGUAGUGCAAUAUGCUGUACAUAAGGAGCUUUGCUCUACAAAUCUUUUUUUCUGGAUUUCUUGUUUAUUGGUACUUUUUUCAAUAAAAUUUUGUUGAAGGUGUUAAAAAAUUU